CUGGAGGGAGAUUCAAUGGAACAGGAUGUAGAAAGCCCAGUAACCAUUCACCAACCAAAAUUGCCCAAGCAAGCCAGAGAUGAUCUCCCAAAACACAUCAGCAGAGACCGAGCUAAAAGAAAAAUCCAGAGGUACGUGAGGAAAGAUGGAAAGUGCAAUGUUCACCACGGCAAUGUGAGGGAGACCUACCGUUACCUGACUGAUAUCUUCACAACUUUAGUUGAUCUGAAAUGGAGGUUCAACCUGUUGAUCUUUGUUAUGGUUUACACAGUGACAUGGCUCUUCUUCGGCAUGAUCUGGUGGCUUAUAGCUUAUAUCCGAGGAGAUAUGGACCAUAUAGAGGACCCCACAUGGACUCCAUGUGUCACUAACCUCAAUGGGUUUGUCUCAGCUUUUUUAUUCUCAAUAGAGACAGAAACCACCAUUGGUUAUGGCUACCGAGUCAUCACAGACAAGUGUCCUGAAGGAAUUAUCCUCCUUUUAGUCCAGUCUGUGUUAGGUUCUAUAGUCAAUGCAUUCAUGGUAGGCUGCAUGUUUGUAAAAAUAUCACAGCCUAAGAAGAGGGCAGAGACCCUGGUAUUUUCUACUCAUGCAGUAAUCUCCAUGCGGGAUGGGAAGCUAUGCCUGAUGUUCCGGGUGGGGGACCUUAGGAAUUCCCACAUCGUUGAGGCCUCAAUUAGAGCCAAGUUGAUCAAAUCUAAACAGACCACAGAAGGAGAGUUCAUACCACUGAACCAGACAGAUAUCAAUGUGGGGUAUUACACAGGGGAUGAUCGUCUGUUUCUCGUGUCACCGUUGAUCAUUAGCCAUGAAAUUAAUCAACAGAGUCCUUUUUGGGAGAUCUCCAAAGCCCAGCUGCCCAAAGAGGAACUAGAAAUUGUUGUGAUCCUAGAAGGAAUGGUGGAGGCAACAGGAAUGACAUGCCAAGCCCGGAGUUCUUAUGUGACUAGCGAGAUCCUGUGGGGUUAUCGCUUUACUCCUGUUCUGACACUAGAGGAUGGUUUCUAUGAAGUAGAUUACAAUAGCUUUCAUGAGACAUAUGAGACCAGCACACCAUCCCUCAGCGCCAAAGAGCUGGCAGAAUUGUCCAACAGGGCUGAACUGCCUCUAAGUUGGUCUGUCUCCAGCAAACUCAACCAUCAUGCUGAACUGGAAACUGAAGAGGAAAAAAAUCAUGAAGACCAAACAGAAAGGAAUGGUGACGUGACAAACCUAGAGAAUGAAUCCAAAGUUUAA